AUGACGCCCAGCGUUAUUGCUGUCGAGCAGUCGACUGGAGAUGAUGCUGUCAGCUGUCAAACGACAAGCAUACACCAGCUUUGGGCAGAAAGCAUGCAAUCCACCAUAGAUGAACUGCCGAAUGAAAUCCAAGAUUUCCAGUUCUCUCCCUAUCGAGAUACUGCUGUUCUUGAGAAUACGUUUGAGGCGUGGGAAGUGCAGCGAGGGGCUACCAAGAUCUGCCUGGGCAUUCGAGCGUCCGGCAGAAUUCUCGGGCAGUGGACAGCGGUACCCAGAUCAGAGAUCCGUCGAUACUCCCUCGGAAAGGUGUACCUGUUAAACCAGAUCACUCAGUCUGGAUCGGAAGUCCAUCUCGUCGAAGCCAAUGAACCCUCUGCUUACGUCGACGCGGGUGCCCAUCUAUUGCAGCAGUCAAUGGUGCUUGUCUGGUGGACCUACGAGACCGGGAACUAUGCGGAUGUCAACGUGGUGACCUCUUGA